GGUAUUAUUGUAAUCAGCGGGCACAUAUUUUGUUCAUGUCAAACAAAUAAAUUUAAAUAAAAUAAUUGGCAAUUCAAUUGGAUGAAAUGAAGCAGUUCUGCCGCACCUGCGGCAAGACCAUAGUGGCCGAUCAGUGUAUACAGAUCUUCUCGCCCGAGGGCCGAAAACUGCUGCAGUCCGUACGCUCCAUAACAAACUGCUGGCUACAGAAUUCCCAGGACAUGCCCAAUCAUGUGUGUCCGGAUUGUCAGACGCUGCUCAAGCAGGUCCAAAGAUUCCGCCGGCGAUGUGCGAAGAUCGAGAAAUAUUUCGCCAGGCGGCGGAGAAGAAUGAAUCUCGGCGAGGCUCCUGCGGCCGUGGCGCUGCAGCUUCCCGUCCAACAAACACCUGCUCCGGAUCCCCUGGGCAUCGACGAACUGAUGACAGCCAGUGAAAUCAAAUUGGAACCCAGCCAAAUGGAGCAGGAAACAAAUUCUUAUCAAGAGUAUCAGCACCAAGAAAAAAGCUUCGAAGAUGCUCCAGGCGAGGAUUCUCUGCCCCUGCCCGAGGACUAUGGAGAAGGACAGACUGAAAUGGUGGGCGCUUACGAUUCCAAGCCGGAACAAGGGAAAAUCAAAACCAAAAUAAAGUCCAGCAAGCACACAAUGCGUAUGGGCAGAAAGCUAAUCCACGUAAAAGUCAUUAACGACAAACAACCGAAGCGCAUUGUAGACCGCAAUGGACAAAAUGCCAAACCAUGCAUUUGUGAACAUUGCGGCCGGCAAUUUAAGGACACUAGCAAUCUCAAUGUUCACCUGCUAAGGCACACGGGCACCAAGCCAUUUGAGUGCGAGCAGUGCCACCAGAAAUGCUAUACCCUCCAUCUGUUGCGACGUCACCAGCUGAAGCAUACGGAGGGUCCCUACGCCUGCACUUUCUGCGGCCUGGAAUACAGCACGAAUAGUUCACGUGUGCGGCAUGAAAGGGAGGCCUGCAAAAAAGGACGAGCGCCGCAGUCUAAGUGGGAGAUCAUCAAGAAGGGCGAGCGCACUUUCCACUGCGAAGUAUGUGAUUUAUGGUUUUUGCGCGCAGGCAACUUCACCCAGCACAUUAACUCCUCCAGUCACAUGGAAAACGAACGCAAAAAGAAACGUAAAUCAAAAACAGUGCAACCCCCUGCCAUAAAUACAUGAAACAACUGCGAUUGAAAAACAA